AUGACUAUUUUAUAUCUACGUCCAUCAGAAAUUCGUUACUCUCAGGAUAGUGUAGCCUAUUAUUUCGGACAAGGGCGAUAUUCUGGAAUUUCAAUCGGACAGACAUUGGACGAGCUGUUACUUCACAAAUGUCAUGUUAAUGACAUCCCAACCAUAACUGUCAGUUUACAUAACGGAUUGUGGUACUGCGGGGACAACAGACGACUCUGGGUGUUCCGAAAAUGUGAAGAACUUGGAAUAAUCGACAGUGUUCCGGCAUAUGAAGGAUAUAUCAACCCUUCGAAAUUCACCACCUUUAAUCAGGGUGUGUCUAUUCGGGUCCGGGGAAGUCCUGGAGGGCGCGAAUGGACACGGAGGAAUCGCAAAAAUCUUGUAAUCAAGGAACCUGAACCACCAAAGCCUGUCAGGUCUCCUGUGUUUCCUGUGCCUGCUACAACAAUAUGUCACGAAUCUGUAGUAGAAAAAGUGGUACAAGAUGACUUCAAACCAUCUAUUCCGGAGUUGUCUGAUUCUUCUGAAUCUUUGACAGACAUUAAAAGUAUCUCUGAUCAUUCUGAUGAAUUAGAACCCUCGCAGAGUGAAGUGUGCUCAGAACACACAGGUUCAUCUCUCCAAUGUACUCCAUGUUACGUAAAGUAUGAUACGACAGAAGGACAAGUCAACCCAGUUUUUUAUGGAGAUGAGGACGGCCAGCAAUGCACGUGUGAUACCACGGUUCGAGCCUCAGUGAUUAGUUUGGCGGAAUCCGUUGGUGAUGUUGAACAGGGACAUAAUUCAAGUGUUUUAGGUCUUGUAACAUCUGGAAACAGUGAUACAUUCGUAUCUAAGUGCGACUGUUCUCGCAAGGCCUUGUUAUUCAUCAUAUUGGCUGUUGUAUUUACUUUGCUGAUUUUGAUAUGUAUACCUAUUUUGAUUACACACGUUUAG